AGCCUAGCCGCGAUUUGAGCCUAGUUGUUGAUAUUUGUAUGGUGAGGCUACGUUGAAACCGUCUCGAAUUCCACUGCCGAAGGGGUUGUGGAGGCUAUGCAAAGAGGCGCUUAUCCUUAUCGCCGACCGCCGCCCGCACUUUGCUCACUCCACUCCAUGGACAUCGGAGUGCACCACCCACAAUUCCCCACCUGUCACAUUUCCAGCUGUACCAAUACUACCAACACUACCAAUAGAGAUAGACCAUCCACGACUCUGCCACCAAAAGACACUACUACGACCACUACCAGCGGUGCCGGCACUGCCGCCCAGCUCUCUCAAUAUCAUUCGUUUCCGUCAUACCUCGACCAAACUUAUUCCAAAUUCAUACCAAGGAUGGUGAGCCGCACCGUCCACGCAAUCACCUUCCAAAUACACUUUGGCAUUCGAAAUCUAUAAGAUUCACACCUCGCGGCCAAGGUCUCCCCAGAUGUGAAGAGGCGGAGUGUGAAAGGCGACAGGCUGCUUGAGCAUAUACAGACAGACAGACGCUGGGAGGGCACCCAAAUCGUUUCGCCUACCAUGGCUAUCCACGCCCUUCUCUUCCUCCUGUUCACCUCGAUGGUCGGUGCUGUCGACGUAUUUGGCUCGGACGCCGCAUUAUCAAAGCAAGCCACGCAACUGACGUUGGUAUGGGAGUCCCCACAAGGAACCCUGACUCCUCUGGUUGAGCCCUUGACGGCACAGGCCGGUAGGGGCGGGAGUAUCAGAGCCAGUACCAAUAUUCAAGGGAGCUUCAAGUCCGUGACUACGAAUGGUGCUGGUGCAGGAGAGGUCAAUAAGGGCGAUAUUGCAUUGGUAUCGUGCGACUCAACAAACUCAUCCUUCCUAACUCAAGACGCCGUCAUCGACUUAAUCGUCCCCAAGAACCCAGGCGCCAUUGUGUUAUACAGCCUCGCGUCCGCCCACUGUAGCGUCAAGGACGUCGGCUCGUUCGCAGACUACUACACACUGAGGAACGUCUCAGCGAAUGCUAUGCAAAUGUUGGUGUCGUCGUCGACAUCGGCGACUGCAACGAUUCGACCUGAAACAGCCCAGGGCGAAAACCAGCCGACACAACGAAAUCAAACUCCGGCAGUGGCUAUGAGCGUACUAUAUGCUGUUACUGGCAUUGUCACAGUGCUCUUCCUCGUCAUCAUCACCACAGGCGCCUGGCGCGCUCACAACAAUCCGGCAAGAUAUGGUCCAAGGACUGGCUUUGCCGGCCGUCCGAGGCAGAGUCGGGCGAAGGGGCUUGCCAAAGCAAUGCUUGAGACCCUUCCAAUUGUGAAGUUUGGAGACCCCCUACCACCAAAGGCGGGGAACCGGGAUAUAGAACUUGACGACGCAAACACAUCAGAAGAACCUAAAGCAGCACACGUGGCAACUGACAGCGAUAAGAAGGGUAGCCCGCAGCAGGAUGCAAUCCCUGUUGAAGCGGAUAUUGCGACAUCUUCCUCCGAAUCUAAUGAAGUGGGUUCAACUCCUCAACCAAACCCUGAGACCCCGGACGAACACCUUGGAUGCUCUAUUUGCACAGAGGAUUUUACAAAAGGGGAGAAUGUCAGGGUCUUACCCUGUAACCAUCAAUAUCACCCAGCAUGUAUUGACCCUUGGCUACUGAAUGUCUCCGGAACGUGCCCCUUAUGCCGCGUUGAUCUUCGGCCUGUGCGCAGUAAUUUGAGUGCCGGCGAGCCCUCUUCCCCAACGGAUGCCGACCAAACGCCAGCUGUACCCGCUGAAGCUGUCCACCAGUCUCGGGUCCAAAGGAUCCUGGCUACGCGCCACGCGCCUGUCCAUGAACGCAUGGCCAUUCUGAGGCAGCUAGCCAGGGAAUCCGGUCAGCACCAGCCGACAGAGCCUGCCUCAUCAGCCGUUUCUGCCGAGGGGUCGCGAAAUAGAUUAAGUCUGGCCGAUAGGCUGAGAGAUAGGUUCUCGGUCCGUACGAGGUCGAGUAAUGCGCAGGAUGAAACAUCUGCACCAGCGACAAGCGCGACGGAAACAACCGCCAAUACGACAACCACGAGGUCUAGUGGACCAGGUCCCAAUGCGACAAGUGAAGAAGCCCCGCCAAGGCCCUAAGCCAAAGCACUCACCUUCUCGAAAUUAAACUUUCCUUUUUCAGGUACGGCUGCAUUGGGGUGAAUGGACAGUUUAGGGGUUUGAUUUUGGUGUAGAUUGCGCAUGCGGCAGCUGACACCACGAGGAUGGCGUGGUGGCGUCGGGUUGUCGGCUCAUGAAACGGCGGGUGCAUAUAUAAGAUUUCGUACGGUGGGACGGCCCUGGCGCAUGGGAAAGGCUAGUACAAUUAGGCUCAUGGCCUGGACGGUUUGGGAAGGCGUUUUGCGGGCCCUAAUGACCAGAUUGAUUGCUUACUUUAUAGUACUCUAUAUGGGAGGGAAUAGUGGCGUUCGCUUUGGGAGCUGCGCCUUUGUAUAUGGCGCCCAACAUAUUGUAAUUAUCGUAACAACCAUAGUAAUGUACAUGCGAUAUUAUAAUGAAUGAGAUGAGC